CAAUAUGCGCUCCUCAAUAGCCCUGGUUCUCGCGGUGGGAACAGCCGCCCUGGCUGAUUUCACCUUCGACGAGCUCUGGGCCCUCCAAAAUACCCUCUGGGAUAACUUCCUCUACCCUGCCAACCUCCAGCAGAUUAAUGCCACAGACACCUCCGUCUUCGCUGAGAAUGUGCAAGGCCGCGUCGACAUAACACGCACAUUUGACGGCCGCGAGCUCAACAAUGAAUACAUAUUCGGUCUUUUCUCAGACCCCUCGCAUCUCAGCCUCGUCGGCAUCCCAAUCUCUUAUAACAUCACGCAGUUCGCAGCCAAUCAGAACAUCACGUCCGCAACGACAGUUUUCACAUUCAACGCAACCUCGUUCAAUAUUCUCGUCCCUAUCACCAUUGAUACGUGGAUCCUAUAUAACGCGGACGGGAAGAUCCUCCAGUAUGAUGCGACCUUCCGGUGGUUUGGCUGGUUGCUGGAUACCCUUCUCGAAGCUGCGGGAACGGGCAUAUUCAAUACCACAGACCCAGCGGAGACGCAGAGAGCGCUGGGGAAUCUUCUAGCAACAACAAUUUGCCAGACUCACGGUCAGCACUGUGUUGAUGAUAACCAGCAAUACAACAGCAACGAGGACUGUGUCAGGUUCCUCACGGAGGAUAUCCGGUUCGGAAGCGCUUACGAGCUGGGUCGUAACACGCUGCUUUGUCGCGAGGUGCAUGAGCAUAUGGUGCAGUAUCGGCCAACCGAACACUGCCCGCAUAUUGGGCCUGAUGGGGGCGGUUACUGUGUUGAUGAUAAGGAUUAUGCGGAAGUUGUCACGGAGAGGUACUUCAGAGAGCCGUUUGUGCCAUAUGGAUAUGGAGACACGAACCUCUGGGUUGCUGCAUAAUCGCGCUUCUGUCUUCAGUUGUAUUAAAGACGUUAAUGCUCUAAUCAUUUGACUUCGUAGCUCUGACAUGGUCACAAAUCAGGGAGCUUGUCUUCUUUUAUAUACUCUCUUACCGACUACUGCUAAUUAGGACACAACUGGAUACCUCAAAAACUCUUG